GUGUUUUUUUUUCCUUUCCAUCCUCGUGAAUUUUCCUGGUUCCUUCUAGAAUUGCUGUUUUUUUCCGACAAGCGAGAGAGAGAGAGAGAGAGAGAGAGAGAAAAAACACCGAGCUGUCAUUUACCUUGCCGUCCGUUCGCCGGUUGUUUCAAGAUUAUCGCAACAGACGAGACAAUCAGAGUUGUAUACAAUUUUCACCAAGUGUCAAACAGGCGCAUCCACUCAAGGCCCGCCCAACAUUCUGGUGGCAUACAGUUAGCUUUCCAAAGUUUUCGUGUUUGGUAAGGUAACUCAGGUACCUACCUAGGUUAACCGACCUCACUCACCCGAACUCGUUUACUUGUGAAUCCCAGCUCUAGUUCUAGACUCAAACUUGGUCCCCGCCAGGUUGGCACGACUAGCGCAGAGUGGUUCCUCUCCCCCAGUCUUGGUUUCCCCUGGAGCCACACAUUAACUUUAUGACCUAUACCCAGACUAGGCGCAAGCUCGGUUGUAUUUCCGCCACGGCGUUCGAUUUCCAGAGCACUUUGAUCUACAAUAUUUGCAACCAUUGCCCGCCUCAUUUCUUUCGCGCCUUUUUUUGCUUAGCAAUAUUGUGCAACUCGGUCUGCUACGUUGGGAUCGAGCCUUCUUUUUAUUUUCCACCACAUUAUGUACUGUUGAAACUGUGUGUUAGAAUCUUCUUUUUUGUGUUCAUCUCCCAACCAUGGGUAUCACCAAUCAGACCGUCGCCAGUCCCAUGCCCGGAAAGGACGACAAGUCUCCUGUUAUAGUCGCUGUACAUGCCAGCGACCCUGAAGAUACACCGAAAAAGGCAUUUACCGAUUUCAAGGCAUCCAACCCAUUCUUCGGCCUUCCCCCAUCUCAGCCCACAACGCCAAACGAGUGCGAAGGUCUACGCUCCGCCACACUGUCGGGACUGUCAUCGCCGACAGGUCUGCUCGGCUUCUCCCCGACAAGGCACAUCCAGAGCAGCUGGCGGAUAAGAGGGCAAAAACUCAAGCCGCUGGAGGAGGAUCCACUAAUGAAGAGUGAAUACUUUGACGACCAGAGGUCCGAUACUCUAUGGGUUGAGGAGGAGGUGACCAUUUCAGAUGCGCCACGGCGGCGAAGGGCCCGCAAGUGGGCUAUAUGUGGAAUGGUUUGCGGCAUUACAUUACUGAGCGUUUUGCUGGUCAUCAACGGUCUGUUAUUCUUCUCACGAAAGGCCUUGGACCACGAAGAUGAUCCAGAUGCGAUAUUCGCCGACUGGGGAAGGGUAGGGAGCGGCACUGAAGAGCGAGCCUGGUACCCGACCGACUUCCUACGCGAUGUGCAGCCCAUCUCGUGCCACUCGCACAACGACUACUGGCGCAAGGUGCCGCUUUUCUCGGCGCUGCACGCAGGCUGCACCGGAGUCGAGGCCGACGUGUGGCUUUUCCCGAACCGCGGCACUGAUCUGUUUGUCGGGCACGACACGGCCGCCUUACAGCCCAACCGAACGUUCAGGUCGCUCUACGUCGACCCGAUAGUGAAGAUCCUGGAGCACCAAAACCCCUCGCACCAGUUCAAUAACGGCUCGCGCCGUGGCGUGUUCGACGUCAACCCUUCUCAGACGCUGACGCUGCUGGUGGACGUCAAGACGGGCGGGGCAGACACGUGGAAGGAGGUGGUGAAGCAGCUCGAGCCGCUUCGGACGAGGGGGUGGUUGAGCGAGUUCAAGGACGGCAAGGUCACGUACGGGCCGGUGACGGUGGUGGGGACGGGCAACACGCCAUUCGACCUUGUGAUGGCCAACGCGACGCAGCGGGACUAUUUCUACGACGCGCCGCUGGACCGGCUCGAGGGCGGCAAGUACGACUCGACCAACUCGUACUACGCCAGCGUGCCGUUCAAGAACUCGAUCGGUAACGUGUGGUUCGGCGGGCUGGGCGACUCUCAGUUGCGCAAGAUUCGGGAGCAGAUCAAGUCGGCGCACGACAGAGGGCUCAAGGUCAGGUACUGGGACAUUCCCGCGUGGCCCAUCCACGUCAGGAACAGCAUCUGGGACAGCCUGGUCAAGGAGGGUGUUGACAUGCUCAACGUGGAUGAUCUCAGGGCGGCGACGAGGAGGGAUUGGACCAAGCAUAUGUGGCUAUUUUGAAUCUAGCAUGUUUUUUUUUUUUGGUCUAGCUGGAGUUAAGUUGGUUGGUGGGAUAAUUUUGAGUAUUAGACCUAGAGGUUAAUCCAAACCCUGGUUCACGUCAUCUGCAGAAUAUUUGCGGUGAUCCUUUGUGAGGGAGCGUUUCUUUUAUAUGUCC